CGUGAGCAACGUGAGCGCGCUGCGAUCGCAGCCGGGAUCCCAGUGAUAUUGUGAUUUUAUUAGAUAUAUAGACGCAUCAGGAAUAGGGCGAGACAGGUGUAAGCUAGAUAGUCAAAAUGCCACCAAAGCGACCGCCGCCGCUGGUGCCGAAGAAGCCAAAUCCCAGUAUGAAUUACGAGGUGUUAAUCUACUUGAAUAGCUUCUACUUUGGCAUGUUCGCCUGCUGCGAAAUGGCCAUGGGACUGCUAAAGGCUAUUAAUCUGAGCUAUACGGGUCACACGCUCGCCCAGGACUCGACGGUGAUGAUAAGCUUUAUAGUGCUGGAGACGCUGCGUCUAAUAAUGGGACGCAAGGGGACGCUGGCCGAGCGAGGCUGGACAGCCAUAAUGUCGGUCUUUCUGACAGCUCCGUGCUUUCUGGGCGUCUCGUAUCUGCUGCUGCUGCAGACCUACAGGCUACGUCUGGAAUACUGCCUUUGUACACUGCAGAUCGCACUCUACCUGACCGAGGUGUGGUACGCCAUAGUCUUCGUUUUCUCACUGUGUCGUCCAGUAACUUAUGAUUAGUAACAUACAAGCAACAACAGUAAGACGAGACAUUUACACGGUACGACAUGUACUUUAAAAGAUAAUAGAGAUAAUAGCAAUAUACAAACAGAUAAAAUGAAUCAUGAGAUCUGGGAUGAAGUGAGAUGAUCCCCAAAAACAACAUAUACACAUAUACAUAUAUAACAUGUAGCAUAUAGUAUAUACAUAUAUGCAUCUCUACUUGUGUAUAGUAAGGUUUAUGAUAGCAUACAUAUGUAUAUAUAAAUAUAUAUAUACAUGUAUUUAAAACGGUUUUAUAUAAAUGAGAAUAAUUGUUAAAAUGUAAGCAUCAAUUGGAACCAA